AUGGCAAUGACAGUGUAUAUGAGGCCACAGCUACCGAUAUUUGGGCAAGACAGGCCAAGAGCAAUUUCAGUGUAUACGAGGCCAGAGCUACCGAUAUAUAGGAAUGACAGGGCAAGAGCCAUGUCAAUAUAUAUGAGGCCACAGCUACCCAGAUUUAGGCAAGACAGCGGAAGAGCAAUGAGAGUGGGCAAGCCAAUAUUAAUGUUAUUAGAUGCUCCUGCUCAAGCGGAGAAAAAGAGGAGAAAGUUGUUGCCUGGAGAGGCCAAGGGAUUUACAGAGGAGAUGCGAUUUGUGGCAAUGAGACUUCAUACAAAACAAAAAGAGCCUCAAUCUGAUCCUCAACAACCUCAGGGUGCUUGGGAGGCUUCACCUCAGGGUGCUUGGGAGGCUUCUCUAAAAGGAUAUCUCAGUUUUUUGGUGGACAGUAAACUUGUCCAUGAUAAACUUGAUGCUAUUCUACUCACAUCACCUCAUCCUUCUUGUAAGUAG